GGUGGACUCCGACGUGACGCAUGAGGACGUAAGGUAUGACGUGUUCAAAGAUGGCGGCUUCCAGUGUCAGGUCGUGUGUUGUCAAAGAUAUAUGUAGUUGUUUUCAGUGAUGUUUUGUUAGAAUAUUUUAGAUAUGGGUUUCGCAGCAUGUCCGAACUUUAGCGGCCGUGUCGUGUGACGUCAUUUGAGGAUGGUGGUAGCUGUCCGGAGGUCUUCAGGGAACUGUGUCGAGCUACAGACAACAUGCUUCCGGCUGUAAGGUCGCGGCUGUGCUGCGCUCGGUCCCGCCGAGGACAGAGGACGUUGAGUCUGUUCUCCAGCUCAGGACCGUCGAACUGGAAUAAAGUGGUGUCGGACGCAGAGAAGAUCGUCGGAUACCCAACCUCCUUCAUGAGCCUUCGCUGUCUGCUCAGUGAUGAGCUCAGUAACGUGGCCAUGCACGUCAGGAAGCUGGCGGGGACUCAGCACCCGUUACUCAACACCGCGAGGGGUUUUGUUUACGACAGCAGGAACAACCUCCAGAUGAGAGGACUGGUUGUCCUGCUCUUGUCUAAAGCUGCGGGGCCCAGCCACCAAGCCUCCAGUUUGCUGCCUCAGGACAUGGUCAGCGGCAUCUACCCCAGUCAGAGGAACUUGGCAGAAAUUACAGAGCUGAUCCACACGGCGUUCCUGGUGCAUCGUGGGAUAGUGGACCUGAAGGAGUGGACGCUGUCAGACGGCCCACUGAAGGACAUGCAGUUUGGGAACAAGAUGGCCGUCCUGAGUGGGGACUUCCUGUUGGCCAACGCUUGUACAGGACUGGCGCAGCUGAACAACACCAAGGUUGUAGAGCUGAUCUCCAGCGCCAUUGGGGAUUUAGUUCAAGGAAUCUACUAUGAAAAUGCCAAUAACUCUGAGGAGAAGAAUCUCAGCAGCGGAGUUGACGUGGUGGCGUGGGAGGAGCAGGCCUUCCUGUCCCACGGGGCGCUAUUAGCCAAGAGCUGUCAGGCUGCGAUGGAGCUGGCCGAGCAUGACAAGGAGGCCCAAAGGCUGGCUUACAAGUACGGCAAGCACCUGUCGCUGGGCCACAAUCUGAACUCCGACCUGCAGCCGUUUGUGAAGAGCAGCAUGACUGAGCCCAUGUUGUUCAGUUUGACAUCCGCCCCUGUAAUGUUCCACCGACAGCUCGUCGGCCAGGAGAGAUGGCACCAGCAGCUGCAGCAGGCGAAAACACUGAGAAACCAGCUGGAUUACUCCAAGCUUUUGGCAGCGGUUAAGUCGGAGAAAGGCGUGAGCUCAGCGGUGGACUUAUGCUGUUACCAUAGCAACAAGGCGCUGGAGGCCAUCCAGGCUUUCCCCUCCUCCGAGGCUCGAUCCGCCUUGGAGAACAUCGCCUCCGCCAUCACCAAAUUUUAAAGUGGACACACACACGUGCCGCGUUUAAACGUGUCUUUGUCUGCAGGGGAGAAACGCGAAGUUCACGCGAGCCAAGUACUGGAUCGCGCGUGGAGGACUCUCAUGACGGCGUGCGUUCAGAAAUGCGAUUCCCGCGUGCAUAAAUGGACGUCAUUAAAGAGAGAAAACGAACACAUUA